AUGGAUGUAGGAGAUUCUAGACAGCCGUUGAAAUUUGCCCAUUUGUUACAUCCUACAAAAUUAAGAAAACUGGUAAAUUAUUGGUUAGAGGAAGACACAUCUAACUUUGACUAUGGAGGUUUUGUAGUUGGUGAGAAAAUAGAAAAAGCUUAUUUGUUAGGAAAAUGUGAAGGAAUAUUAGCUGGUUCUCCAUUUUUUGAAGAGGUUUUCCGUUCUUUGGAUUGUUCCGUCGAUUGGCACAUAAGUGAAGGCUCAUUGCUGAAGCCAGUUGUAAAAGUCGCUACAGUGACUGGCAAAGUAAGAAAUGUAUUGCUUGGUGAAAGAGUAGCUCUCAACUGCCUCGCUCGAUCAAGUGGAGUGGCCACAUAUGCCAAAAAAUUGAAUGAUGUUGUUAAGCAACAUAUUGUACCAGAAACUGGAAUGCCCUGGCAUGGAGAAAUAGCGGGGACCAGAAAAACAACUCCUGGAUUUCGAUUAGUUGAAAAAUACGCAUUGUUGGUCGGCGGCAUAUCAACGCAUAGGUAUGACCUUUCGUCAAUGAUCAUGUUGAAAGACAACCAUAUUUGGUCAGCUGGAAGCAUUACCAAUGUUAUCAAAGACGCACGUUCAGUUGGUGGUUUCAAUAGCAAAAUCGAAGUGGAAUGUAGAUCUCUUGAAGAAGCAUUAGAAGCUGCAGAAGCCAGAUGUGAUAUUAUAAUGCUUGAUAACUUCGAAUUAGAGGCUCUCCACAAAACGGCGAGCAUUAUAAAGAACAAAUUUCAAAACAUAUUAAUAGAAGCUAGCGGUGGUGUCAACGAAGAUAAUAUUCUUGAUUAUGUUGGAAAAAACAUAGACGUAAUUUCACUAAGCAGAACAACACAGGGAUAUAAUAUUCUAGAUUUUUCUUUGAAAAUUCAAAAGUUUUAUUAA